CUCAGUUUAUGACCCUAUGCUAUGGUUCUUGUCAAAGUUGCACACUAAUCUGCCAUUUCAAUGCUAAUAUUAAUCCAAUGAAGAAAACCCAUCGGCUAAAAAACGAUUCAAAUCACAAUAUUACUGUUCAGAAAUUUGCCACCAAAACCAAAGCUUCAUCAUCCAAAAGAUUAAAAAACAAGCACAAAUCAAAAGAAUAUUCAAAACCCAUCUCAGAAUCUGAAGAAAACCUCCCAAUACCUCAAAUUAACACUACCCUUAUAGCUUUCUUGGAUAAAAAUCCAAUCUUGAGUCGAAAUUUUUACCAAAUUGAUGCUCUUGAUCUUGCCCCACGUUUGCUUGGCAAGUUUCUUAGGAGGGAUGAUGUUGUUCUUCAGAUAACUGAGGUGGAAGCUUAUAGGCCAAAUGAUUCAGCUUGUCAUGGUCGAUUUGGGAAAACAGCUAGGACUGCUCCUGUUUUUGGUCCUGGUGGUCAUGCAUAUGUCUACCUCUGCUACGGUCUCCACAUGAUGCUUAAUGUUGUAGCAGACAAGGAAGAAGCUGGAGCUGCUGUAUUGAUUCGUUCCUGCGCUCCCAUCUACGGUCUGGGUACUAUUCAGCAGCGUCGGGGUUUAAAAACUGAGAAACCUGUUCUUCUUGCAGGUCCUGGAAAGGUUGGUCAAGCAUUAGGACUAUCAACAGAAUGGUCUAGCCACGCUCUAUUCACAGUCGGCGGUUUAGAACUCUUAGAUGGGCCAGAACCAGAACAUAUACUUGUUGGUCCAAGAGUUGGUAUAGAGUAUGCUUUGCCAGAACAUGUUAAUGCAUUGUGGAGAUUUGCAAUCGCCGGUUCUUCAUGGAUCAGUGCCCCAAAAAAGACUCUCAGACCUCUUUAGCUCACCAAUUGGCGCCAUGAAUCCGUCCCCUCCCCCCACCAGGAGGGGGGAGGGGGG